AUGGAGCCUUAUGAUGAGAACCCUCCUGCAGUGGAGGAGCAGGACCAAGAUCAGGAGCACGAAGGCGAGAAGACCAUCAACGAAGAAUACAAGACAUGGAAGAAGAACGCGCCUUUUCUCUACGACAUGAUCCUCAGCACAGCUCUUGAAUGGCCCACACUCACGACUCAGUGGCUUCCGGAUAAGCAGGAAGUCCCCGAUAAGCCUUAUUCCACACACCGUCUUUUGAUCGGCACACAUACCGCCGGUGACGCUCAAAACUAUCUCCAGAUUGCCCAUGUACAGCUCCCGAACCCCAAUGCUCCCAAUCCCGAAGACUAUGACGAGGACAGGGGCGAGAUUGGUGGCUACGGUGGAGGCUCCAAAAAGCCACAAAUGGAAGUGAAGUUCAACAUCGCGCAGAAAAUCGACCACAAGGGAGAGGUGAACAAGGCGCGUUAUCAGCCGCAGAACCCCAAUAUUAUCGCAACCAUGUGCACGGAUGGUCGGGUAAUGAUCUGGGAUCGCUCUAAGCACCCUAGUCAGCCGACUGGAAAUGUGAACCCCCAGAUGGAGCUUCUGGGUCAUGAAGCUGAGGGCUUCGGACUCAGCUGGAAUCCUCACGAAGCUGGUCACCUCGCCACAGGCAGCGAGGACAAGACUGUUCGUCUUUGGGACCUAACCACAUACACCAAGGGCAACAAGGCUCUUCGGCCCACCCGCACCUACACUCACCACUCCUCGAUCGUUAACGAUGUGCAACACCAUCCCCUGCACUCGUCUCUCAUCGGAACCGUGUCCGAUGAUAUCACCCUCCAAAUUCUCGAUGUUCGUGCAGCUGACACCACCCGCGCUGCUGCCUCAGCCGAAGGUCAGCACCGCGAUGCGAUCAACUCCAUCUCGUUCAACCCCGCCGCAGAGACGAUCCUGGCUACUGGAUCCGCAGACAAGACCAUCGGAUUGUGGGAUCUACGAAACCUGAAGACCAAGCUUCACUCGCUUGAAGGCCACAGCGAUUCCGUACAAUCGAUCUCGUGGCAUCCCUUUGAAGAAUCCGUCCUGGCAAGUUCCAGCUACGAUCGGAAGAUCAUGUUCUGGGACCUCAGCCGAGCAGGCGAGGAGCAGACUCCGGAAGAUGCGCAAGACGGACCCCCUGAACUCUUGUUCAUGCACGGCGGACACACCAACCGGAUCUCUGAUUUCAGCUGGAACCUCAGCGACCCUUGGGUUCUUUGCUCGGCUGCCGAGGACAAUUUGCUCCAGGUGUGGAAGGUUGCCGAUGCGAUUGUUGGCAAGGAUCUGGACGAUGUUCCGACUGAGGAGCUGGAGGCAUGA